AAGAACAAUAUUUGGAGAGCUCUUUCACUUCUACGGCUUGCACGAUUCCGGCCGACUUGCGCAAAAAUCUCACGAGUGCCAAUCCCCAGGUAUUGGCGUUUAGAACUGCUGCAGGUGCCAGUCAUAAAAAGUAGGGACGAGGCCCGAAGAGCAGCUCCAUUAGUUUCGAGUCUGUCACAGCGCUCCGCUCCAGGCGAAACAGCAUUCGCUAGCCCCAAAUUCGCCCCACCAGAAAAUCACCAUUCACCGAAAAUUAAUUAUCGAACCCCUCCAACCCGUCAGACUUUUGCUGUGCAUCGCCGGCAACCCACGAUCGCCCUUGCGCAAAGUUAUUCUUGAUCUCCGAUCUCACCACCCCCGAAGGAUAAAAUUUUUGACGACUAACCGCAACCAUGUCUCGCUUCUUCCGCGGCGGUGACGACAGCUCGAGCGAGAGCAGCUCUGAGGAGGAGGAGCUGUACUCCACUUCCGAGGACGAGGAGGAGCAGGAGGAGCAGGAGGAGUCUUCUGAGGAGGAGGAGGAGGAUGAGGAGUCCUCCAGCGACGAUGAGGCCGGUCCUGCCAAGAAGGGUCUGUCUCGCUUCUUGCUUGACCAAGCAUCAUCCGACAGCGAAGAGAGCGAGGAGGAGGGGACAACAAAGGUCAAGAGCGCCAAGGACAAGAGACAUGACGAACUCGAGGCGACCAUCUCCCUUAUUCAGAACGGCCAGAAGAUCAAUGACUGGGGCUCUAUUGCGAAUGAAUUCGACAAGCUCAACCGUCAAGUCGUCAAGCUCCAGGAUGGCGGCAAGGCGCCGAAGAGCUACAUCAAGUGCAUUGCGGAGUUGGAGGAGUUUAUGAAUGAGACCCUUGCCAAGCAGAAGGUCACACCCAAGAAGAUGAACGCCACCAACGCCCGUGGUCUCAACGCCGUGAAGCAACGCGUCAAGAAGAACAACAAGGAUUACCAGAGCCAGAUCGAUGCUUUCCGAAAAGACAGCGAUGCCUUCAUGGAAUCCGAUGACGAGGUCGCCCCCCCACCCAAACCAUCCGCCGACAAGCUGCGUGUGAAGGAAACUUAUAUUCCCGAGGCGGCUGAUGAGGAUGAAGACAAGGGCUUUGCCCGGGUCGACAAGCGUGGAAAGGCCAUGCCCUUCUCUCCAGAGAGCAUCCUCAAGCAUCUCCGCGCCAUUCUAGAGUCAAGAGGCAGGAAGAACACCGAUCGUAUCGAGCAAAUCAAGAUCAUGGAGGAGCUCAGCAAGGUGGCCAACACCCCCUACCUCAAGAUCAGAGUUCUCCAGGCUCUUGUAUCUGCCCGGUAUGAUCUCGGCGCUGGUGCCGGAAAUGUGAUGCCCCUUGAGCACUGGAAGGCGGCUGAGAAGGAGCUGUCUGCCUUGCUCAAGAUUCUCGAGACCGAGAAGGAUCACGUUGUGAUUGAGAAUGCUGAGGAGUGGGAUGAUGAUGACAAGCAACCAACCCUUGCCGCUGGUGAGAGCUAUAUCAAGAUCCCCGGCAGCAUCGUGUCGUAUAUCGAGCGUCUUGAUGAUGAGCUCACCCGCUCCCUUCAGGCCAUCGACCCUCACACGUCUGAAUACAUUGAGCGGUUGACCGACGAGGGUUCUCUGUACAGCAUUGUUCUGCAAGGUCUCCUGUACUACGAGACCAUCCUCAAAGACGCCUCGCUCGAAGUUCCCCAGGAGAGUCUCAACAGAAUCAUGCAAAGACGCCUGGAUCAUGUGUACUUCAAGCCAGCUCAAGUCAUCAAAAUCUUAGAAGAGAGCGCCUGGAAGCAGGUCUCUGCGGGCGUCGACUCCGCCAUCACGCCCCGUAAUAAGUCGGAGGAUGCCAGCCAACUCGUCAACGUCCUUUGCAACUACCUUUUCGAGCACAGCGAAGGCAUUAUCCGUGCCCGCGCCAUGCUCUGCCAGGUCUACUUCUUGGCGUUGCACGAUGAGUACUACAAGGCCCGUGACAUGAUGCUCACAUCUCACUUGCAGGAGAGCAUUUCCAACUUCGACAUUGCCACCCAAAUUCUCUACAACCGUACCCUUGUUCAAGUUGGUCUCUGCGCCUUCCGCAAGGGUCUCGUGUAUGACGCCCAAAACACUCUCCAAGAGAUUUGCGGCAGCGGGCGCCAAAAGGAGCUUCUUGCCCAGGGUGUCAUGAUUCAGCGCUUCAACCAAGUUUCUCCCGAGCAAGAGCGCCUUGAGAAACAACGGCAGCUACCCUUCCACAUGCACAUCAACCUUGAGCUCUUGGAGUGUGUGUACUUGACCUGCAGCAUGCUUCUUGAGAUCCCGCUGUUGGCUCAGACUGGUUCGUCUCCCGAUAUCAAGAAGCGCGUCAUCAGCAAGACAUAUCGCCGUAUGCUCGAGUACCAUGAGCGCCAAAUCUUUACCGGCCCUCCUGAGAACACCCGCGACCACGUCAUGCAGGCGUCCAAGGCCCUCGCGGCUGGUGAGUGGAAGAAGGCUACGCACUUCAUCCACAGCAUCAAGAUCUGGGAGCUCAUGCCAAGCGCCGAGGACAUCAAGACGAUGCUCGCUAAGCAGAUUCAGGAGGAGGGUCUGCGCACUUACCUGUUCACAUAUGCGCCCUUCUACGACACACUGGCCAUUUCCACAUUGAGCGCCAUGUUUGAGCUCGACUCCAGGAAGGUGGCUGCCGUUGUCAGCAAGAUGAUCAGCCACGAGGAGCUCGCGGCUGCCCUCGAUCAGGUCACCGAGACCGUCAUCUUCCGCAAGGGCGUGGAGCUCAGCCGUCUGCAGAGCUUGGCCCUGGCUCUCUCAGACAAGGCGAGCUCGCUCAUCGAGACCAACGAGCGCACACUGGAGCAGCGGACACAAGGAUCGGCCAAUGCCUUCAGCAGGAAGGAUGGUCAACGAGGUGGUCAGCGGGGCGGUGGCCAACGGGGUGGCAGAGGCGGGGCGCGGACUGGAGGAAACGCUCAGCGACAGGCUGGUGGCACCCAGUUUACGGGUGGUGCUCUGGGUGCUGCGGUCCGCGGUUAAGGUUGUCACGAUGGGUAUACAUGGUUUUCGUUGCGCUAUUGCAUUGGGCUUGGCAUGUUACGUAUCAAAAAUGGUCUCGGGGUGCGUUUAGGUGUUGCACCACGUUUAGAUCAUAGGCAGACAGUCAAGAAUCGUGGGGCUUUUAAUAUUUGAUUCAAUGUCUUUUCUUGUGAUUUGUUUACAAUUGUAUGGUGGUAUUGUUUUUUAAUGUUUGCUGGC